AUGCCUCGCGUUCGCUCUCCUGCCGGCCCCCCCAGGCCCUGGCCUUGUUGCAGGGCCUGCCGCGCGCCCCCCCGUCGCCCGCUGGCGACACUCACGCCCCCGGGCCGAGCCGCGGGGAACCGUGAAGCCGGACAGCCUUCGAACAGACGGCGGCCUCGACGGCCACUACAGCGCGACAGCGCGGCGUCACGGGACACCGCCUCCUGGCCGCUGGGAAGGGAGGGCAGGGCCGCCGGGGCGCCGCGCAGCGCCGCGCCGCCCCCUGGAGGCCGGAGGACGGAGCCACAGCCCGAGCAGGUCUCGACGGGCCAUAGCCCUGCCGGCGGGGAAGACAAGGUGCUGGCCCUGCAGCAACCCCCGCCCGCCGCCGUCCUCUCCGUGGGCCCGGACAGCCCGCCAGCCCCGCCCCGCCGCACCCCCGGGCCCCGCAGACCGCGCGCCUCACCCGCGGCGUCGCAGUGCGUGGGUCGGGGCAGCGACCAACGGUCGGCAGCUCCACCGUGCCCAUUCCCCGGGCCUGGCGAGCACGCCGGAAGCGCUCUCCCGCCAGGAAGGCCGCGUGGGUGCGCGAGGCAUCCAGCACAGGGCCUGGCACAGAAUAAAUGCUUUGGGGCGCCUGACACUGAUCACACUACCCCUGCCCUCCUGAGGCUCCACAUCUAUGUAUCCCAUGGAAACCAGAGUCACAAAUGGAGACAGAUUCAGAGACUCAGCCUGAAAGGAGACAGAAGAGGCCGAGAGCUACAGGUUGCAUGGCCCAGGAUGGCAAAGGUACAGAUAGAAAUGAGGACACACUGAGGCCUAGUGGGGAAUAUUGGGGAGCUGGGCCUGGAGCCAGCCAGGGGUGGCUGACCACAGCAGGCUUUGUGGGCUGAGCUUGCAGGACUGAGCAGUGACUCAUGGGGCCCAUCUCUGUGGCUUUCCUGGCAGCAGAAUCAACUCACAGCAGCCUUUUCCACUGAGAUCAUAAAAUGGGAAUGGGCCUCCCUCCCCGACCCUUCCCCAACUCUCCCUCAGCCUCCCAUUUCUUGCCAACAUGACUCAAUCAAAAAUAAAAUGGGCCGGGCACUGUGGCUUAUGCCACAAAAUCCCAGCACUUUGGGUGGCCAAGUCAGGCAGAUCACCUGAGGUCGGGAGUUCCAGACUAGCUUGGCCAACAUGGCAAAACCCCAUCUCUACUAAAAAUACAAAAACUAGCCAGAUGCGGUGGCGCAUGCCUGUAAUCCCAGCUACUUGAGAGGCUGAGGCAAGAGAAUCACAUGAACCUGGAAAGCAGGGGUUCCAGUGAGGCAAGAUCACACCACUGCACUCCAGCCUGGGUGACAAAGCGAGACUCUGUCUCAAAAAUAAAUAAAUAAAUAAAAAGGAGGGGAGGGCUCUGGGCCUCACUGGGUCUAGUGACAACAGACCCACAGUCAUUCACCUUGCACACCCCUCUUCAGUACUACCCCAAAUACUGAGGGCAACAAAUACCCCAGAACUUCCAGACCUCUCUUGCCUUUGGCCUAAAUAAACUCCAGACUCCUUGGUAUGACAGUCAAGGCCACUUAGAGGCAUCACAGCCUUCCCAUCUACCUCCCAGACUGGCCUGGAAAACAAAUCUGAUUACUAGUCUAGUCUCACACUGGCUCCUCUUCCUGAAGGCCCAUGCCCAUCUCCCCUAAUCAAAAUCCUUCCUCAUUUGAGGCCUGGGUGCAGCAUCUCCUUCACGAAGACUACCCCAGCCAAGUUCUCUCAGCUCAGGCCACCCUGCCCAGUCACAUGGCAAGGACCCAUGGAUGAGCGCUUGACGCACUUGCUCUCCUGCAUCCAAGUCACCUGCCUGCCUCCCUGUCAAACCCACGAUGUUCAUCUGCCCCCCCACUGCAACCUCCGUCUCCUGGGCUCAAGUGAUUCUCCUGCCUCAGCCUCCAGAGUAGCUGGGAUUACAGGCAUGCACCACCAUGCCCAGCUAGUUUUUGUAUUUUCAGUAGAGAUGGAGUUUCAGCAUGUUGGCCAGGCUGAUCUCAAACUCCUGACCUCAAGGGAUCCACCCGCCUUGGCCUACCAAAGUGCUGGGAUUACAACCAUGAGCCACCGCACCCGGCCCGACAAAUAAUGACAUUUAUGAUCCCUUACCUUGAGCCAGGCCCUGGGUAGAUUCUUCCCAUUAAAUUUUGUCAUUUAAUCCUAAUAGCAGCCUUAUGAAGUGAGUAUGAUUAUCUCAUUUGAGAGAUGAGGACAUUGAGGCUCAGAGAGAGCAUGUAACACACCCAGAAUGACACUUGUGAGUGACAGCUGGGGCUGUUGACUCUAAACUGUUGACUACGGCCGGACGCAGUGGCUCAUGCCUGUAAUCUCAGCACUUUGGGAGGCCGAGGCGGGUGGAUCACCUGAGGUCAGAAGUUCGAGACCAGCCUGGCCAACAUGGCAAAACCCUGUCUCUGCUAAAGAUACAAAAAAUUAGCCGGGCAUGGUGGUGGGCACCUGUAAUUCCAACUACUUGGGAGGCUGAAGCAGGAGAAUUGCUUGAACCUGGGAGGCAGACGUUAUGAGCCAAGAUCAUACCAUUGCACUCCAGCCUGAGUGACCUGACUGACAGAAUGAGACUGUCUCAAAAAAAGUAAAAAAUAAAAAUUAAAAAAAUAAACUGUUGACGACUAGUUAACUAUGAGGCCUUAUCACUGUGGCCUGUAAACAACCUAAGGGCAAAGCCCAAGUCACUCUUCCUUCUCAUCACACCUUCCCCGCGCAUAAGGCAGAAAAAGUAAAGGUAAGUUGGCUAAAAGUAUAACCUUCCAAGUGUGUCAAAAGUCCUUCAGAUCCAGACAGCCAGAAAGUAGGUUAGUUAUUACCUAGGGCUGAGGAGGGCCAGGGAUGAGGACUGACUGCUAAUGAGUACAGGGUUUUUUAGGGGAUGAUGAAAAUGUUCUAAACUUAGACUGUGGUAAGGGCUGCACAACCCUAUGGGUAUAUUCAAAACACUGAACUGU